AUGGUUGUCAUGAUCGACCAUUUUCCAAUGGUCGGUAUCCAUGAUUUAGGUUCUCAUCAUGGUCCCAAUGGAGGAAUCAAUAACAACGAGGUGGUUUUAAGCCAUAUCUCUAAGGUUGAGCUCGAGAGUUAUAGGAAGGCUUCCACUAAGUUUCCGGAUCUCAUUGGCUUCCUCUAUUCCUUUCCUCCGGACAACUAUGAUCAAGAAUCUCUUAAUGUCUCGAGAGACAUGAUUACUAUGGCUUUAAGAGAGGAACAAACCAUGCGGGGUUCCUUGGAGGAAAACAUCCAAAUUUUUAUCAAAAGGACCCUAACUAAAGCUACUACAAUACCGGGAAGGAACGAGUUGAAUUGGAUCAAGCCAACGCUCAUUUGGACAAUGAGAUUGUAA